AGUUUGCGUCUGCCCAUGGCAUUGGCGAUUCAGCUCAGGCAGCCCUCCAGGGCCCAACCUCUGCCAGGACUCGGCCACACACUGGCUGGGACAAACUCCUGUGACGUGUGCAACAGCACCAACCUUCCAGAAGUGGAGAUCAUUAGCCUGCUGGAGGAGCAGCUGCCCCACUACAAGCUAAGAGCGGACACCAUCUAUGGUUAUGACCACGAUGACUGGCUGCACACGCCCCUCAUCUCCCCAGAUGCCAACAUCGACCUCACAACCGAGCAGAUCGAAGAGACGCUGAAGUACUUCCUUCUAUGUGCCGAAAGAGUUGGCCAGAUGACUAAGACGUACAAUGACAUUGAUGCUGUCACGAGGCUUCUUGAGGAGAAAGAGCGGGAUUUGGAGCUGGCUGCGAGGAUCGGCCAGUCAUUGUUGAAGAAGAACAAGACCCUAACUGAGAGGAACGAACUGCUGGAAGAGCAGGUGGAGCACAUCCGGGAGGAGGUGUCUCAGCUCCGCCAUGAGCUGUCCAUGAAGGAUGAGCUGCUUCAGUUCUACACCAGUGCCGCGGAGGAGAGUGAGCCUGAGUCCGUCUGCUCAACCCCGCUGAAGAGGAACGAGUCAUCCUCCUCCGUCCAGAAUUACUUCCACCUGGACUCUCUUCAGAAGAAGCUGAAGGACCUCGAAGAGGAGAAUGUUGUACUUCGAUCUGAGGCUUGUCAGCUGAAGACGGAGACCAUCACCUAUGAGGAGAAGGAGCAGCAGCUGGUGAACGACUGUGUGAAGGAGCUGAGGGAUGCCAACGUCCAGAUUGCGAGCAUCUCUGAGGAGCUGGCCAAGAAGACGGAAGAUGCCGCCCGUCAGCAGGAGGAGAUCACGCACCUGCUGUCGCAAAUCGUGGACCUGCAGAAGAAGGCGAAAUCCUGUGCGGUGGAAAAUGAAGAACUUGUCCAGCACCUGGGCGCUGCCAAGGAUGCGCAGCGCCAACUCACAGCCGAGCUUCGAGAGCUGGAGGAUAAGUACGCGGAAUGCAUGGAGAUGCUUCAUGAGGCUCAGGAGGAACUGAAGAACCUGCGGAACAAGACGAUGCCCACAUCCCGGCGCUACCACUCCCUGGGCCUGUUCCCCAUGGACUCCUUGGCCGCCGAAAUCGAGGGAACCAUGCGCAAGGAGCUGCAGCUGGAAGAGCCGGAGUCUCCAGACAUCACCCACCAGAAGCGUGUCUUUGAGACAGUGAGAAACGUCAAUCAAGUGGUGAAGCAGAGAUCGCUAACCCCGUCCCCCAUGAACAUCCCGGGCUCCAACCAGUCUUCAGCCAUGAACUCCCUCCUGUCCAGCUGCGUCAGCACCCCCCGUUCCAGCUUCUACGGCAGCGACGUCAGCAACGUGGUCCUCGAUAACAAAACCAACAGCAUCCUCCUGGAAACUGAGGCAGCCGACCUGGGGAAUGAGGAGCACAAUAAGAAGCCGGGCACACCAGGCACGCCAGGCUCCCAUGACCUGGAGACGGCACUUAGGCGGCUAUCCCUGCGCCGAGAGAACUACCUAUCCGAGCGGAGGUUCUUCGAGGAGGAGCAGGAGAGGAAGCUGCGAGAGCUGGCUGAGAAGGGGGAGCUGCACAGUGGCUCGCUCACGCCCACCGAGAGCAUCAUGUCCCUGGGCACUCACUCACGCUUCUCUGAAUUCACGGGCUUCUCCGGCAUGUCCUUCAGCAGCCGCUCCUACCUGCCCGAGAAGCUGCAGAUCGUGAAGCCGCUCGAAGGUUCAGCCACACUUCACCAUUGGCAGCAAUUGGCCCAGCCUCACCUUGGGGGCAUCCUGGACCCCCGCCCUGGUGUGGUCACCAAGGGCUGGACUUUGGACGUUGACCUGGAUGAAGUGUACUGCCUUAACGACUUUGAGGAAGAUGACACAGGUGACCACAUUUCUCUGGCGGGCCUAGCUACCUCCACGCCAAUUCAGCACACGGAGACCUCAGCGCACCACCCUGGGAAGUGCAUGUCACAGACCAACUCGACUUUCACCUUUACCACCUGCCGCAUCCUGCACCCUUCAGACGAGCUCACGCGGGUCACACCAAGCCUUAACUCAGCCCCAGCUCCAUCUUGUAGCAGCACCAGCCACUUGAAAUCCACGCCGGUGGCCACGCCAUGCACCCCCCGGAGACUGAGCCUGGCCGAGUCCUUCACAAACAUCCGAGAGUCCACGACAACCAUGAGCACGUCCCUGGGGCUGGUGUGGUUGCUGAAGGAACGAGGCAUCUCAGCGGCUGUGUACGACCCCCAGAGCUGGGACAGAGCCGGCAGGGGCUCCCUCCUCCACUCUUACACCCCCAGGAUGGCUGUGAUCCCGUCCACCCCACCGAAUUCCCCUAUGCAGACGCCCUCGGCCUCCCCGCCCUCCUUCGAGUUCAAAUGCACGAGCCCUCCCUACAACAACUUCCUGGCUUCCAAGCCUGCCAGCUCCAUCCUGAGGGAGGUGAGGGAGAAGAAGCACGUGAGGAGCAGUGAGAGCCAGACAGACGUGUCUGUCUCCAACCUUAACCUUGUGGACAAAGUCAGGAGGUUUGGGGUGGCCAGAGUGGUGAACUCAGGACGAGCCCACAUCCCCACCUUGACUGAGGAUCAGGGACCUCUCCUCUGUGGACCGACUGGGCCAGCACAGGCUCUUGUCCCUGGGGGCCUGGUCCCCGAGGGACUGCCUCUGGGGUGCCCCAGCGGCAUCCGACGGAAUCGCAGCUUCCCCACCAUGGUCGGGUCCAGCGUGCAGAUGAGGGCCCCUGUAAUCCUCACCUCUGGCAUCUUAAUGGGUGCUAAGCUCCCCAAACAGACUAGCUUGCGGUGAGGCUGGGGGAUCGCUGCCCCAUCUGCUCCCUGCCUCCUGUCCCCGACAGAGCACUCACACCCUCGUCUCCUCCGAGGUCUGCUUCUCCUGAGCUAGACAGAUCAACCGUGUGCCUCGAGGGGGGAGGUGGACCUCCACGUGGUGUGUAUACAGGACUCUCUCUUCCAAUCCACAGGAAGUAAUAACCCUACAAGGUCACACUCUCCUGAGGAUGGCGCCUGAGCUCACCUAGGGGAAGGUGGCGUCCUUUCUUCCUUACUUUUAAGAAGCACUGAAAUUCCCAAGGCUGUUCUUAUCCCAUGGAUAGGAAUCUGGUGAAUUCUGCCUAAGACUGUCUGGUUGCACACGCAGCCGCCACGUGGCACAGGUCUCCUCGCUUGCCUGUGACAGCCGACCGGGCUGCCCGCCCUUAGAGAGUUGUCCUUUCAGUUGUAGGUGGCCCAGCUUCAUCAAGGCAAGGUCUGCACUAUCCUGCCCCAACGGCCUGUCUGUUCUCUAGACAUGACUUCUUCUCAUGUCUCUGACUUGAAGUUAACCUUGCAUUUUGUCACAAGUUGUCAGGGUUAAAGCCUGACGCGAAAAGAAUGUAUUUACACUCCGACGACUCGCCGUCAGGCGGCCCCUCCGAGUUCUGUUUGUUUGAUUUUUCCUUUUCUUUUCCAUUUUUAGAAUUUUCAUUUGCAGGGAAGUCUCAGUACUGGCAGUUUCUCUCUUGGUUCUGACACCAAAAUGCAAGGGGUGCACACACUGACUUGCUAAUGACAUAGCUUAUUUCCGGGACCCAGUGUCACACAGCCAGGUUGAUGUGUGACCAGUUAUCACUGUAACCAUAGGAUCAAGGGGGAAAGGGACAGGACCGUUAGCCCUAUACACAGUGGAGGGGAGGGGCCGAAUCCAUAGCACACCGCAGUGCAUCCUGGGUCAGGGUGUGUCAGGGUUGAUGGCUGCUGGCCCCUUUGCACUCUGAAGGGAGCUCGGUCCGUGUGGUAGAGCUCUGUGGCCAUUCAGUGGCUGCAUUUUUUUUUUUAGUCCUCUCGUUUCAAAACUAAAAUUACGUUUCCUCCCCAUCCCCCAAGUGCACUGUCCCCAUUUCCACCCAUAGGAAAAGACCAGAGGUGCUUAUGAGUGGAAGAAGUGGGAGCAAGUGAGUGACCCUGGGUCGGUCGCCAUCACCUGUGCAGUGACGAACUUUUAUUUAUUAUCCACGUGUGCUGUAUUUUAAUCAGAUGCCCUCUCUGCUUCCAGCUCCAGCCCGUGUGUGUGUGUGUGUGGGUGUGUGUGUGUGUGUGUGUGUGUGUGUGUGUGUGUGUGUGUGAGAGAGAGAGAGAGAGAGAGAGAGAGAGAGAGAGAGAGAGAGAGAGAUUGAUUGAUUCCGCCCAGGUAUAUAUUAUUUAUUUACUUUUGUCUGAGGAUGGGUGUACAUCUGUGUGUCACAUAGUCACCUGCCGCAGACAUCUGUGGAAGAUGUAGCAUCCUGUGUACUAGAAAUUAUCACAUGAACAACCCCUCCCCCCCCAGCAAAAGAUGUGUCCCUGAGUCGAGCGAGGGUCACCUUAUGUCCACCAAGGAUGCUCGAGAAGGUCCCCAAGCAGCAAACUUCAGUCCCACUAUUUCAAACUAUUUAUUCUCCAGACGGAGCUGGUUCAUCAUGUUCUCAGCUCUCCUGGCUGCUGUGUACGUGUGCAGUCACUCCCAAGUAACGUACCCUUUUAUUUGAAUGUAUUUUUAAAGCAGUAGGUAGAACAGCAAAGGAGGGUGACCACCUUGGUGUGGAUGGACCGUGUCACGUGUUCAGAGGGGCCUCCCAUCCGCACUGGAAACGCCAGUGUGAGAACCGGCACUUCAGAGGUCGUGAUAGUGUAGUUAGCAAACCGGUGAUCAACAUUGAGCCACACUACCAAAAAGCCUGUUGUAAUGCAUCAGACCGGCGACAAGAUUUCAUUCACUAACGAAUAUCAAUAAAACAAGCUCAAAGGAUGGAAA